UUUUUCUCUUUCGAUGUGAAAACUGUAACGAAUCUUUCGAAACAAAAUUAAGUCUUGAAAAGCACAUUGAGUCGCAAAACCAAUCCAAACAAGAAGAAAUAUUUCAACGGAAUUCGGAGGUGAAUACAAAAAGUAUACCGACUGGUGAGAAGAGCUAUGCUUCGGAACAGCCCUGCGAUUGCAAGCAAAGUUGUCCAAUAAGUCUUUUAAAGCAGCCUGUUGAAACACAUGCGCCAGAUGGUCCACCCUUUCGGUGUGAAAAAUGUGCCGCAUACAAUAAUAAAAAUAUGAAUAUAUUUUUCAAAACAAAACUUAGUCUUGAAGAGCACAAUACGUUGCAUCAUGCAAUUGACGAACAUGCGCUAGAUGGCCCACCCUUUCGGUGUAAAAUAUGCAACAAAUCAUAUAAACAAAUACGCACACUUUACACCCACAAUGCAUUGCAUCACCCAUUAAACGGUUCUGAAAAAUCGUACACUUGCAAUGAUUGCGAUGAAUCCUUUCAUAACAUUAUACAAUUAAAGUUUCACAGAAAGUCCCACAUUCGGAUACCGUGCCCACAGUGUAAAAAAAUGUUUAAUAAGCAAUCGCUUAAAUCCCAUUUACGAGUACAUGUACCGAACACCCAACGUUUUCGUUGUAAGUUGUGUUGCAAAGAGUAUAAACAAUAUAGUGGACUGAAAUGGCACAUUACUUUGAAGCACGAAGAAAACAAUGACGAGUCACAGAAAACAUCCUAUGUUUGUGAGCAGUGUAAUAAAUCGUUCGAAUACAAGAUUUUGUGGCAACAGCACCGGCGAAGUCAUAUUCAACGGCUGUGUUAUAUAUGUGGGAAAAUGAUGGGAAUCACCGUGAUUCAAAUGCAUAUAGACAAUCAUCUAGUGGAACCGUUAGGUGGUUACAAAUGUGAGCUGUGUGACAAACGGUAUACUCAUAAAUGUACUUUCCUGCAGCACAUUGCUUCGAUGCAUCGACCAGCUAAUAAGAAGCCUAAAACACAAUGUUUCCGUUGCAAACAGUGUAAAAAACCGUUUAAGAAAAGGAAGGAAUUGAUAGCUAACCGGAGAAUUCAUAAUUCCAAAAAAUGUCCUAUAUGUGAAAAGAAUGUGUCAAAGCCUCAGUUUAAACAUCAUAUGAAAAAACAUGAACGACUUGUAGACUUGUAAAUUUGUAAAUAUCCUGAUAUGAUCUUCCUUUAUGUAUGACAAGCAAAUAAAUCAUUGAUAUUCAACCAAGA